CUAGGAAGAAUAUAACCCUGGUAGACUGAGAUAGAUACACAUGGAUAUUCUUGGCGUAACGGUGUCCAGUGAAGAUCUUGUGAAUGCAGAGAUCAUCGCCGCCGCCGUGCUCAGCGUCUUGCUGGUGGCUCUGAGCACGUACGGCCGUCGGCACUGCCGCCACCCGGCGCUCCGCUUCUUCGUGUGGUGCUCCUCCGUCUUGUUCCUGCCGCUCACAUCCUUAAUCAUCUCCUCCUUGGUGAGCACGGCGAAGAAAAGACCGUGCGACGAGUCUCUGCCAAAACCCGAAUUAGAAAAGUGCACCAGUCCUGCAAACAAGAUCAACAUCCAGAACAUGUGGACCGUCCUCCUGUGGACCGUGCUCAUCCUCACCAGCAAGUGCAACGCCGACGUCGCGGCGGCGGCUGUCACCGCCGCUGCGGCCUUGCCUGCUGCCGGCGACCACAGCAUCGACGGGCAGAGGAUCAGCCCCCCCUUGGAGCUCGCGUUCAAGUACGUCUGGGUGGGGUGGCUGAUCGUCGUCUGCUUCCCGUUGGCGGGAUGGGUGGAGAAUUCCUUGAAAGCCAUCUUCGUCGCGUUCUGCGCGCUUGGCCUCGCCAAGGUGUCGCUCAAGAUGGCGGCCUUCCGGAUGGCGAGUGACUCGUUCGCCCUCGGCAAGAACGCGCGGCUCAUCGCCGGCUACAUGGCGCAGCUCGUCAGCGACGGCGGCGACGAGCAGGUGCCGCGUUACAUAGUGACGGGGGAGGCGAAGAAGCACGUCGAGGAGAGCCCUCAGGGGUACCGCGUCAAGGGCCAGGUUCUUGACGACAAGCUCAGCAGCCUUGUCACGCUGGACCGCGUGUGGAGGUUGGCGGAGCACGGCGACGGCGUACUCGCGCAGCGGCAGGAGCUCAGAGACCUCUGCCUCUCCUACUCCCUCUUCAAGAUCCUGCGGCGGCGGCUGUCAGGGUACCCCCUGGCCGAUGCCGGGUCCGGAGAAGCCCUCAACUUCGUGCUCGGGGGCAUGGACAGCGUUGGCUCCGGCGUCAACGUCGACCGGCUGUUCCGUGUCCUCGUCGACGAGCUCUGCUUUGCAAGUGAUUUCUACUAUUCUCCCAUUCCACUGUGCACCUUCGGCGGGUGGUGCGCCGCUCUCAACUACCUCUGCUCCGUCCUCAUCAUCGUCGGAGCCGUAGCCGUGGGAUGGCUUUAUCAGCACGAGGAUCUGAUAGGUUCCACUUCUUACAAGGUCAUCACUUUCUCUCUCCUGCUGGCCGCCGUGCUCGUCGAGACAUGGGAGAUCGUCGCCGGUGUGUGCUCCAACUGGACCAAGAUGGUCCUGCUCGGACACUACAUCAGACACGAGAAGGCAUGGCGCCAAUCGAGCUGCGUCCACGCGGCCCUCGCGGCGGUGCUGCGGCUGAGGCCUGCCGGGCGGUGGUGCGACAAGAUCGGUCAGAACUCGGUGCUAGAGCCUCGCCGUUUCCGCAGGCGGACUGGGCUCCUCUUGGAGAAGUUGUACGGCGGCGCGGGGCUCAUGAGGUCCGUCGCGGUCUCGCCGGCCGUGAGGGACGCCGUGCUCAGGUCACUGCUGAGCAGCUACGGGAGGAUGAGCAAAGGUAGCGCGGCGGUGCGGCGGGUCGGCGGCAAGGUUGACUGGGCGCUGUACGGUACUCAGAAGAGCUGGGGGUGGACCGGAGACGGAAGCAGCAACACGGAGCUGAUCCUCACGUGGCACGUCGCCACGAGGCUUUUCGAGAUGAAGUCAACGUCGGCCUCACCGGACAUGAUCGCCGCCAGCCACCUCUCCAACUACUUCGCCUACCUGGUGGCGGCGGCGCCGGAGCUGCUGCCGGACUGCUCCGAAUGGUCCAAGAAACGGUACAAGGAGGUGUCGGAGGACGUGCGUGGAGCGCUUGGGGCGGACAGCGGCGGCGGCGGGAGCGAGUCGACAGAGGGGAUGUACGGGCGGCUGGUGACGGCGCUGAGCGCCGUGUCGCGGGACACGGUGCUGCGGCGGGGCGCGGAGCUCGGGCGGCACCUGGUGGCGCAGUACGCAGGGGACGAGGUGUCGGCGUGCCGGAUCCUGGCGGACUUCUGGUCGGAGAUGGUGAUCUACGUGGCGCCGUCGGAGAACGUCAAGGGCCACGUCCAGGCCAUGGCGCGCGGCGGCGAGUUCAUAACGCUCGUCUGGGCGCUGCUCCUCCACGCCGGCGUCACCACCAGGCCGGAGACGCCGCCAGGCGGUUCGUAAAAUUUUCCAACCAAGUUUGCAUAUCCCACACUAUUCAAGCAUUGUUGAGGGCGAUUGUGGGCAAGAACUUCCACGCAAAUGUCAUUGAAGCCUUGGUGGUAAAUGAAUCACAUUUUGCCACAACCUUUACCAGCUUUUCCAUCUAAAAAUCCAUGAACUGUCAUUCCAAAAAAUACUACUAGCAACUACCAGUAACAUUGUGGUGGUGUGCAACACGAGUGCGGGGGUAGGGAUGGCAAGGGUGGCGGCCUAUGCACCAGGGUUGCGUUGGGGGUGCCUCGGUGCG